GAUUCCUGGCCCAGUGAUCCCCUCAAGCUUGGACUUUAUCGAGCACUUUCACCUUCACAUCGAUCUACGAAGACAAUAAUGGCUCUCCAGCCCUCUCUCCGUCCGCUUAUCAUCGCAGGAAGUCACGAUGCCCCACACACGCUCGACAUAUUCCUGGACUAUGUUUGUCCAUACAGUGCCAAACUCUCCUUGGCCAUAAAUAAUGUCCUCAAGCCUCUUCUCGAUGCAGGCGGAAAGUACGAUGGGAAGGUAAAAGCGAUUAUCAGACUCCAGGUGCAGCCAUGGCACGCUUCGUCGACGUUCACGCAUGAAGCAGGGCUUGCUGUCGCUCGCGUGUCACCAGAGAAUUUCUGGCCUUUCUCGGUGCUCCUCUUCAAAUCCCAAACUUCCUUCUUCGACGUCCCAUCCUCCACACUCACGCCUCUCCAGAUCCGCGCCCAGCUCGCCUCGCUUGCUGCCCAAGUCAUCCCGCCUAGCAAAAUCGACGAGUAUAACGGUCUGCUCGCGAUCAAGGAGGGAGCGGGUGGGAAUGGCGGGGUGGGGGUUACGGACGACCUGAAGUAUAUGGUCAAGUUCUCAAGACAGAAUGGUGUUCAUGUUUCGCCAACCGUGCUCUGGGAUGGUCUCGUCGCGAAUGAAAUAUCAAGUUCGUGGGGAGAGAAAGAGUGGACUGAGUUCCUUGCUGCCAAAGUGGUCGCUUGACUCUAUUAAUUUCAAGCUCCUCAGCAUUCACGAAAACAUCUACCAGUGCAGUUGGCUGGUAGCGUGUAGGUUAGUCGGAGUGUAGUUGAGAAAGGAAGACAGGAAAUCAGGCGAAGUAAAGCCGUGUGUGAUAACGAAAUUGGCAUGCAUGAGGCAUGAAAUCGCUCAGUUUGCUGUAUGUGUGCAUAUGCAGAGAACGUACGCGUAAUUUUGAAAAACUGAAGAAAACUA